GCGACCAUGCUGCUCUGGAAGAUGCUUAUAGUUGCUCUUUUCUGGAACUGCAUCGAGGCAGGUGCCACACAACGUCGGGCUAAUGCCCUAUUUCCAGCUGCAAGAAGCAUAAAAGGAGGAGUGACACCUGUGGUGAACCCCACUUUCAUCAGCUCCAUCAGUGAUGCUCAUCUGCUGUUUGAGAUACUGAUGACUGGCAUACAUUUUGAAUCCAGUGGAGCGUUUUCGGUCACAGAUGCUGAACUAGCUUCCCUUCAGAAGACAAGAAACCUGAAUUUAAUCAGUGAAGAGAUCAUUCCGAAAAAGCUACCAGACAUAUUGAGACUCAUAUCCGGUCUUUCAAAUCAUACUGGCUGCCUGGAUCAGGACGAUUUUGAGUGCACUGUCUUAACUUUGGUGUACACUGCCCAUCAGAUGGUCAGCUCCGCUACUGAAUACCAAAGAGACGUGUGGGCAGAGUCCUUUGUAAGCCUAUACAAAUCCAUCAAGAAGGAUCUGACACUGAGAAACUGAGUAAGCGGUGGUGCUGUGACAAAAUGACUCAU